CACUCAGUCCCCUGGAGCUCACAGGACAAGGCGACAAUGGACAGGAAAAUGCAAGAGCAGAAGAACCUGACGGGAACCCUAAUUUUUGCUGUGUUCACGGCUGUGCUGGGAUCUCUACAAUAUGGAUAUGGUAUUGGAGUUAUCAAUGCACCACAAAAGAUCAUUGAAAACCACUAUUCAAACGUUUUGGAUCUGCCGACAGAAAAAAUCAUGGUUGGGAGUGUAAAUGAGACUGUGGCACACCCAACAGUUACCAUGUACUGGUCACUCUCUGUAUCAGUUUUCUCUCUGGGUGGGUUGGUGUCUUCAUUUUUUGUUGGAUGGUUUGCAGACAAACUUGGAAGGAUUAAAGCCAUGAUGGUUGUGAAUACUCUGGCCGUCAUUGGUUCCCUUCUCAUGGGCUUGGCUCCGCUGGGUCAGGCUCACGCUCUAGUCAUUGCGGGCAGACUUAUAACUGGUCUUUAUUGUGGUUUAUCAUCCGGACUAGUACCCAUCUAUAUAGGGGAAAUUUCACCUACUUCUCUACGAGGAGCUCUUGGAACUUUACACCAGCUUGGCAUUGUCACUGGGAUUCUUAUCAGUCAGGUUGUCGGAUUAGACUUUAUUCUGGGCAGCAAGAGUUUAUGGCCUGUCCUCCUUGGUCUUUCUGGUGUCCCGGCUGUGAUCCAGACGAUUCUUCUGUUCUUUUGCCCAGAAAGUCCCAGAUAUGCCUAUAUCGUACUUGGAAGAGAAGAAGUUGCCAGAAGAAUUCUGAGAAGACUGAGGGGAGACUAUGAUCCCUCCAAAGAUAUUGAGGAGAUGAAGAGGGAAAAGGAGGAAGCAGCCAGUGAAAAGAAAGUGUCUAUUAUUCAGCUCUUUAAAUCCCCAAAUUACAGACAGCCGCUCCUUGUCUCUCUGGUAUUACACAUGUCUCAGCAGUUUUCUGGAAUCAAUGGGAUAUUUUACUAUUCAACAAGCAUUUUUUCUAAAUCUGGAAUUAGCCAACCAGUAUAUGCAACCAUUGGGGUUGGUGCAGUCAACACCGUUUUCACCAUUGUUUCGGUGUUCCUUGUGGAGAGAGCUGGAAGAAGAUCCCUUUAUCUCAUUGGCUUGGCAGGAAUGUGCGUUUGUGCUAUAAUCAUGACAAUUGCUCUAGCUUUGCUGCAUAUCCAUGCCUGGAUGAGCUAUCUUUGCAUGGUUGCCAUCUUUCUAUUUGUAAUAUUCUUUGAAGUUGGGCCUGGUCCCAUUCCAUGGUUCAUUGUUGCUGAGCUUUUCAGCCAAGGUCCUAGACCUGCAGCUAUGGCAAUAUCCGGAUUCUGCAACUGGACAUGUAACUUCAUCAUCGGAAUGUGCUUCCAGUACAUCGCAGAAGCGUGUGGACCCUACGUCUUCAUCAUUUUUGCAGUUCUUCUCUUCGGUUUUACCAUAUUUACAUACUUUAAAGUUCCAGAAACGAAAGGGAAGUCUUUUGAGGAGAUAUCUGCCGAGUUCCGCAAGAAGAAACACAAGGGGUUCAAAGCUACGGAGAUGGAGUAUCUUGGAACAAGUACAGAUGCUUGAAUUCUUUGAUAUCCGAACAGUUACUUUUAUAUUUCAGAAAAUAUUUUAUGAGACGUGAAACUGAGUAUUUUGUGUUUUUAUGGAUUCGUAUUUUUCAGUGUCGAAACACAAACAGCAUGUGUUCUAUGGCGAAUAGCAGGAACAUGCAUACAGUAUAUGCAACAAUAUGCUCUCGGGUAUUUUUUUUUAGAUGCUUGAGGAAUACACUACAGCUAGCUUGGUUCUAAUCGUCUUAAAAAAAUCCUUGUUAUCCACAGGGAUUCACAGUUCUCAUGUAAUAUGCUAUGCAUGCACAGUAUAUUUUGGAUUAUUGCAGGACAUGAAGUAAGAUGAAGUAUUAACAUAAUCCAAUACCAAAAUUUAGAAAUGAUGGAACCAAAGAAUGCCUAGGGUGCUGUGGUUAGUCAUUUGUAAGUUGAAAGGUUUGGGUCAGUUUUGUAGAAUAAGUGACAUAGGACUAUGUACUUUUGUAUGACGUCAGAACAAAUAUGCAAUGAGACUACUGCUGAUACAGUUUGCACUAUAAACCUUCAAGUGUUAGAAAUGCUGACUUUAAGGUGUUUUUUAUAGAAACAUACAGAAGCAUACAGCCAGCAAAAUGGUCGGAAGUGCCACAAAUGAGUGAGAAAAUACACCAUCCAUAUAGGAAUUGUCUCAUUAAGAAAACAUAUUUUCCAAUACCCUAUAAAGGAAUCCAGAAUUAAUACACAGAGGUCCCUAAUUCAGGACCCUCUUCUAUUAGCAGGAGCAUAGAGCAGCUACAAAGAGGACCCAACAUGACCAUGCAUAAGGGCUCAUUCACACGACCGUAAGGACUCCGUGCCUGUGCUGCGGACUGCAAAUAGUAGUCUGCAAUGCAAGGGGCACCGGCUGUGUGAAUCCCGUAUUGCGGUGCGAAUCAUUGACUUGAAUGGGUCUGCGAUCUUCAAAAUACGGCAUAUGAUAGGAUAUGUGCGGUGCGAAGGCACAGACUUGAAAGCUCAGGGAUGCGCUUCUGAGUGUUACCGUGAAUUUAUGCUCGGUGCCUCCACUCUGCAAGAGAUAGGACAUGUGCGGUGCGAAGGCACGAACUUGAAAGCUCAGGGAUGCGCUUCUGAGUGUUACCGUGAAUUUCUGCUCCGUGCCUCCACUCUGCAAAAGAUAGGACAUGUCCCAUCUGUCGCCAUAUCUUGAGGAUCGCAGACCCACUCACGUCAAUGGGUCCACAUCCCCAACAUGGAGUGCACACGGCCAGUGCCUGUAUAUUACGGAUCCGCCAUUUGCAGGUUUACUUUGAUAUCCUGUUUAUAAUGCUUCUGCGUAGAUAAAUGCCCCCCCCCCCCCAUGCUAAAUUUAACAUUUGGAUAGAAAAUAUUAAAGGUGUUUUCCUGCAAGAAUGAUCACCUAAAUAUAAAUAAAUAAAUAUCGGUAGUGGGGGAUCCGACCACUGGGACACUUCACAAUCCCUUCAGAGAUGGGACUUGGAGCCCUCGUUCAUGGGAGGAGGUUCCUUGCUGUCGGAUGACCCCCAUCAUGUUUUCCACAGGUAAUCAUUUGGUGGGAUAUCCCCUUUAAAGACUCAGUGCCUGUGCCACGUGAUACAUAUCAUGUCCCAUAACCACUGAUUAUUCAGCAUAUUGUUUACAGUUCUACACUGGUCUGUUACAUAAGCUAGAAGCUUUCUUCUGUGGGAUUUUUAGAAUUUGGGGAAUUUUAGCAUUUUGGAAACAUAUUUUUGGAUAUAAAAUCUUUCCUGAUUAUAUGUAAGUCUGAGUGAGCUCACCAUAGAACGGAAACUCCUGGUGUGAAGAACUGGCUUGCUAUUGUCACAACCUGUGGGUGCUUUUACAUGGGCCAAUGCCUAACCUUAAAAAAGCACCGACCGACAAUAUAACUAGUCAAUUGGAGCUAAUCUAAAGAACCUUCACACCAGCAGAUGCAAACUGAAUAGUCACUACGAUCACUGGCCUCCCUGGUGUUGGCGCUGCCAACCAGCGAGCAUUUUUAUGGCCACAUAAAAGAUCCAAUCAUCCGACAAAUGAGCACUGGCUUGCUUCUUGACUGAUCACUUCUUAUAUCUUCUUUUCAUUUGGUAAUGUCAGUUGUUGUAAGCAUACAGGAAAAUGUAUGCAUCUCAUAUUUUGGAUAGCAAUACUAAAGAUUUUUUUGCCUAUGUAUAUAAUAUUUCUAUAUAAUCCUGUAUGGUCAUGCGCACACCUUAAUUAUAGAUUCAUCUGCCCUAUUUUUAUAUAAGUUUGUAAGAAUUGAAAAUAGUCACAACUGAUGUGAUGAAACACAAGAUCAAUCUAUACUUCUACUUGUACUGUUGCAUUCAAUGCUUUAGUAUAUGGUGGCACUUUAGUAAAGUUUUAACUAGGACCAAUCAGCUCUCCGGAUAUGUCUGUAUUCCCCGUGUAAUAACAAUCCUGGAGCAUCUAUUCUUAUGGCUCUAUGUUGUUCCAUUCCUUUAUUAUUCCUGCUAGAAGUUAGGAAUGAAUUGCCAACAGUCUGCAAUGAAGGUCUAGAAGAAUGUUACCAGUUGGGAGUGUGUCCCUGCCCAGUCUGAUAGUGGCAGCACUACUUGCAUGGACACAUGCCCAACUGCUACCAUCCCUCUGGCUCUUUAUUGCAAAUGGUUAGUAAUUCAUCCAUAAUCUUGUAGAUUGUAAGCCCCCCGGGCAGUGCCCUCUCUCCUCCCGUGCCAGUCUGUAAUUCAUCUUGUUCAUGCUUAGUGCAAUUGUCUGUAUUAUGUAUGUAUGUGACCCCCUUAUCAUAUGUACAGCGCCAUGGAAUGAAUGGCGCUUUAAUAAUAAUUUGUAACAGGAAUAAUAAAGGAAUGGCACAACAUAGUCAUAAGAAUAGAUGAUCCAGAAUUUCUAAUUCAAUGGGGACGCAAGUAGUUCACAAAACAGACAUAGGAGAGGUGACAGGUCAUAGUUUAACUAUAUCAACUAACAUUUUAAAAUAACUCAGUUUCCCCCUACAACACAACAUAAAACUGGUUUUCAUUUACUGUAUUUGCUGUUUUGUUUUUCGAGAUCACUCCUUUCAUCAGAAUGGGGAAACUUCUUUUGAAUGGAACAUUUUAACAAACCGGAUAUAGAAAUGGAUUUUUCUCCAUACAAUGCUCAGAUCCAGAUGGGAUCUGUAGACACAAAGUAUACCAUCAUUAUAAGCCAAUGGAAUGGGAUCUGUCUGCUACUGGUUUAUAUUGUUUUAUAUUUGCUGGCAACAGUUUACAUGGGAAAAUGUUACUUAUUACCAUGACCUAUACGGUAAUUUUCCCCAUCAUUUCAAGGAUUAUUUCUAUAUUGAAGACUAAGGCUACAUUCACACGUCAGUAUUUUUCUAUAUCCCGAAUUUCGGUCCGUUUUUUGCGGAUCCGUUGUUCCUGAAAAUGUUUCCGUAUGUCAUCCGUUUUUUGAGGAUCCA